AUGUGUCGUCACGAGGAAGGAAUGACGGAAUUAGAUUGUUCCCACUCAUGCAGCCAUCAUACCGGAAGUGGCAAGGAGCCGGCCAAGGUCAUCUCCGAGUGGCUAGAAGUAAUGGAGAUGCAGCUAAACGAAAACAAGAAAAAUCACGUCCACCACGAGAUACCCUAUGGGCCUAUGGACAAACAGAAGAUUGACGUCUGGGGCCAAGUCGGAAAGCGGAUGUUCGUCUUCUUUCAUGGCGGAUAUUGGAUUGAAGGUGACCGGAAGUACGGUACCUCGGCGGUGGGCCAAUUAGUGCCAGAAGACGUGGCUGUGGCUUGUGUCGGCUACGAAUUCGCUUCGGAACGCCAUACGCUACCUGAACUCUGCGAAGACGCCGGGAAAGCUGUGCAGGUCCUGCUCGACAAAUUCCCCUCAACAGAGCUGAUCAUCGGCGGCCACUCAGCUGGUGCUCAUCUAGCUUUUAAAGCUUAUUCAAAGCUCGCUGAUACCUCUCGAAUCUCUGCCCUCUUUCUGCUUUGUGGCGUCUACCAAGUCGAAGGUCUGGAAGAGGUGUACAUCGGAAAGACGAUGGGGUUGACCGUCGAAGAAGCCUGGUACUGUACAUGCCGUCCAGAGGAGCUGGGCGUAUCAUCCGACCUCAAAAUCGUGCUCCUGGAGGCGGAACACGAUACUCAGGCGAUAAAAUCGGCUCAAGGGCAGAUGGCAGAGAAACUGAAGGAAAGAGGUUUUGAUGUGCAUUUGGAGGUAAUUCCCGGCUCCGAUCACUUCACGCUCGUCCAAAACCUCGGCACGCAGUCCCGGGAAUCCGAAUUGCUGAAGGAAAUUUAUUUCACCAGACGACAUGGAGAUGUCGCGCUCAUCUUCCGCAUCUGGGACUACACGUCGGCCCUGAGCGCCGCCCGCUACGUCCUCCAAUUUUGCUGCCCAGGGAUCGCCCAACGACUUGAUGAUCAGCCCGCCUUCGGGUCCUUCCACUUCUACUCGCGCAGUCUCAUUUUUGCGGAUCGAUUCGUCGGCUGCAACCAGUUCUGCAUCAGCUCGAGCGGCUUCCCCCAGGUUUCGAGGAGCAAAGGAACUCCCGAACGCGUUGAUGACAAGCCCGUCUUGGCGCCGUUCUUCCACAUCUUCUCGACCAGGAUCGAGAACGCGACGCCGACUUCAAUCUGUUCU